CCUCUCUCCCUACCUUCUUUUGAAAUUCUUUUCACGGCUACCUGGGGCAGUCUGGCCUCCCCAUUAUGGCGGGAACUCCGGCAUAUGACCAGCAGAACAAGGGUCCAGUUCUGCUGGCCGUGAUGUGGGCACUGACUGGCCUCGCGACCGUGCUGGUAUGGGCCCGAUUGUUUAUUCGACUCAAGAUUGUGCGUGCCUUUGGGCUGGAUGAUCGGCUCAUUGCCAUUUCGAUGAUCUUAGGGUUAGUCAACGUAAGUAUUGCUACGGUCGCUGUCCACCGCGGCUUUGGGCGACAUUCCUCUACGAUUGGCCACGCCGCGACUGAGCGCGCGAACAUGACUAUCGACAUCGGCUGGAUCUUCGGCAUCCUCUCCUUUGCCUUCCCUAAGAUGGGGGUAGCCGCGCUGCUUCACCGCAUCUUGGUCCCAGGCUUCCGUAUGCAGUGCGCGCUAUGGGGCUUGACUGGGCUGGUGAUGGCCGUCGCCGUUACAAAUAUCAUCAUCUUCUUUACCUCCUGCGAUCCGCCGCGCGCUCUGUGGGCGACGGUCCCAGGAGCAACGUGUCGCAGUUCCGGUGUGAUCAUCGGGUUUGCGACGUUCAAUGGGGCGCUUUCCGCCUUCACCGAUCUCAGCCUCGCCAUCUACCCUAGCGUGGUUCUCUGGAAACUGCAAAUGUCGCUCCAUAAGAAGCUGGCGCUGUGUGCCGCGCUGGGGAUGGGUGCUAUAUCCGCCUGCGCGGCUAUCAUCAAAACCACCCACAUCAACGCCCUUGCCAACGUCUCCGACGCAACCUACGCAAGUUGGUCCCUCGUCCUCUGGACAAAUGUCGAAGCGGAUCUCGUCAUCAUCGCCUCCUGCAUCCCCACCCUCCAACCCCUCCUCGAGUUCCUGCUGGGCAAGCGCUCCCUCGCCUCCUACAGCCACCCGCGCUCCUACCCGAAGGCCACCGGCUACGGGAAUGGUGGAUCGAAGCCCUCCAACAAGCGCUCCCGCCGGUCGACGAUGCUCGACCCGACCGCCAUCACGAUGGCCUCGAUGCGCCGCGACAGCCAGGAGGAGAUCCUGCCGAGCGCGGGCCCGACACAGAAGCCCGGGUGGGAGAUCCACCGGACGGAUCACAUUGUGAUCGAAUAUGAUAUGGAGACUAACAGUGAAAGGAGGGCCGAGGGAGCGGGAGGGGCGGUCGCCGCAGCGGCGCCCGGACGGUAACCCUAACUGAAGGGUAGAAAUGGUUGACGAGCCGACAUGGUGGUGGCCCCCGAGCCCACAAUAUAGUUAUAGUCGGAGGCUGAACUUCAAGUUAGUGUAACGCUAUUUGCGGAACCGAUUCAACCAAAAGCAUCAGUCUAGCUGCAGAGGUGGUGCGUAAUACCGAGAUGGUUGAGGGCGGAGGUCGACGCAUUUACAAUAUAAGUCACG